CGCCGGCCGGCAUCUCGAAUUCCCCGCUCAAGAAACGUGAUACCAGGCGGACGUACUCAACCCUCCCAACCAUUCGUCACCACAUCGUUGCGUUCUAGCCCCUCUCAGCCAGCUCAGCCAGCUCUGACAAUGUCUGCCCCAUUCUGUGUCCACUGUGCUAGCGGUUUCGCCCUCGAAGGCACCCCAAAGGGCACCAUGGAAAAGCUUGGUCCGUACGAUACCUACAUCGCCUCUCCCUCCUCCGUACAAGGAGAACCAGGCCGCGCAAUCUUCUUUGCAUGCGACGCCUUUGGCCUCUCCCUGAUCAACAACAAGAUCAUCCCAGACAUCCUCGCCGAGCGUCUUGGUGUACCCGUGUACGUGCCCGACUACUUUGAGGGCAAGGGCGUCGAACCCACUAGGCUGCAGAUGCCCUCAACCGCCAAAGAGAUGCGCAGCCAAUCGCUGAUGCAGAAGGUCACCUCUGGGCUGGGCAUGCUGAGCAUCGCCCCUUGGUUUAUCUCGAAUCGCCCUGGUACCAAGAUUGCCCCUUUGGAGAAAUGGUUCACCGCCGUGGAAGAGGCCAAGGGGGUGAAGGAGUGGGCGAGUACGUCUUACUGCUUUGGCGGCAAGCCCGUAUUGCACUUUGCCUCCCAGUCCAAGUUCAAAGCCAAUGUGCUUUGCCACCCCUCCUUCGUGGCCAUCGAUGACAUCAAGAAGAUGAAGGGCACUUCCCUCUUCAUUUGCGCUGACGAGGAUCCUGUAUUUGGGGCAUCACUGAGGGAGCAGAGCCAACAGGUGCUGAAGGAGCGACAGGACAAAGGGGAGAUACAGGCCGAGUUCAAAUUCUUCCACAAUACGGUUCAUGGGUUCUGUGCCAGACCAGACUUCAGCGUGCCCGAGGUGAAGAAGGCAUUUGAGGAUGCGACGCAGCUUACUGUGGAGUGGUUGAAGGAGCAUUUUCUGCAGGCGAAGGCUGAGGGAAAGGGGACUGCAGGUGGGGAGCCCCCCGCUGCUACUGCUGCUCCGGUUUGA